AGUUGCGUUGCGCCGAUAUCACGCGCGGGUCAGCUGUAUGUACUUUGUGCUGCGAACUCAGAUAACCUUUUGCGUGGUGUUCCAAGCCCCCUCUACUUUCUCCGACCACACAGAGUUCAUAUAACAUCAAAAUCGUACGGUUUAAGUAUUCAUUACGAAUCGUGCAGUGCGUUGGUGAAUUUUGUCUUACGUCCAUCAAUCGUGUACGAAACGUUCUCGAGUGUCCUAACCUCAACGUCGAGCACCUACCAACCGAAUCGCGGAAGCAUAUAAUCUACCGUCCGACAGGAAGAGGUCGUUGUUACCUACGUGUCUCAUUUGAUCGCGGGUAAUUUGAAUAUUUCUUUCCAAUCUGUCAGCACACGGAGGAAUGCAAAAGGACUGCCGAGACUGUUUAGGUAUCCGAUACCGUAUCAACUCCCUGGAUCAAACGUGGAAGUGGUUGCAUCAAACGAUUGCCCUUCACGACUACCUCAUCUCUAUAACCGCCAGUCAAUCCGACUUCACGAGAAAAAGCUGCCAGUAGGACC